AUGUGGUCCACAUUUUUCGUGUUUAUUAUGUUCGUAUAUUUCUGUUCGCUUUCAUGCACUGAAACAUCAAAACCAAAAUACAAAUUGAUAUCGGCACCUGUAGGUGACCGUGUUGUUUUGUCAUGUGGAAUCGGGGACAGUAAAUACCGUGUUUAUGAGUGGCUCGACAACAAAAAACCAAUGGAAUUUGCUACACAUAAUGUUACUAUGCACUCUAAUGGAAGUAUAGACUUUCGACUUCGAAUGGAAAAUGCAGAUAGAAUAUUUAGCUGUCGUUCGUACAAUUCUUAUCCGAACGGCACGAAUGACUCAUCUCUUAUUUUUGUGUACAACUUCGUACCAAUAGUUAAAGCAUUUCUUGCAGAGACAGUGCAUAAUGCUACUGUAGACUGGGGGUCUAUCUACAGAUUCCCAUGCAUUUUUGGAGGGACUGAUCCUAGAGAGAAUACAAUGAUACUCAAUAAUCAGAUUGUUGUUGAAAUGGAACAUAACAUUACCGAAGAUUCAAUUGUGGAGUGUAAAGUUCAGAAUUCCUUGGGUAUGGUGCAUGAUUUGGCCUACAUUACAGUUCGUCCUGAUUCUAAAGCUUGGGGAAUUAAACACGGAGUUUCAGAUCGACAUUCUUAUUGUCAGUCGUAUUCUACAAUUUUACCGAAAUCCUCCGUAUGUUAUCCAUUUAUAGAAAAUAUUGCUAAUGAAUACAAAGAACCUUAUUUAAUUUCACGAUCUCGUUUAUAUUCCAAUGAAAUCAGCAAUCAAGCUGUUAAAAAUCUGUUUACCAGCUGGGAUGAUUUACUAUCAUCUUCAAUGCAUUUAUCUCAAUCUAAUAAUUAUCUCAGUGAUUCUUUUAAAAGUUCAAAUACAUCCUUUAUAAAAUCAAAUCAUGUUGUAGAUGCGAUAAGUUUAUCUAAUAGUAGUAGCGCUGCAUGGAGAUGUAUUAAUUUGGCUAAGCAUUUAACUUGUGCUACAUCUUAUCCUCGAUGUGAAAUUACUAACACUGAUAGAAAAUCAACAUCUGUACUUGCCAAUUCAUAUACUGAAUAUCCUGUUUGUUUGAAACAUUGUCUCGCUGUUACAGGCCUAUUUUGCUUCUCCUCGUUAAAAAUCUUGAAUAAUUCAGCUUUGGAUAGACUUCUCGACAUUCAUCGGAAUGAAUCUUUAAUGAAUUCUGAUUUUGUAAAAACGGGUUGGUCAGAACUGAUCAAUGUGCCAGAAGCCAAAAAUCAAAGUCUUCCACUGAGUUUCUCCGAUCCAUUAGCCGGUGGGACAUCAAAUCCCUUUUACAUUUGUUCAUCUACUAAAAGUGAUAUUAUGUCUUUUGAACCGUAUAAAAAGUCUAUUUGCACUCGUUUACCUAUUGAUAACGAAAAUCCAACAAAUUCCAUUGGAGAAAGUAAGAAAACUCCUGAUGAACAAAAUGUUGAUUGCAUCAACGGCAAAGGGGAAAAUUACAGAGGUUUAGCUACUAUGCCAGAAUGUAAACCAUGGACUAAUCUGUUUGUUCUCGAUGAUAAUAUUCAGAAUCUACAACCUGGCAUUUGGCCUGGUUUUUACAGUUUAAAUAGUUUCACUUUCCCUAGAAGUUUAGGUCUUGAAGCCAGUUCGUCAGCCGUGUGUCGCAAUCCGUCUGGUUUGGCAUCAAGACCAUUCUGUUUAAGUCGAAAAGGCAACAAAGAAAAUUUUCCAGAUGUAUCUAUGAAGUCAAAGCCUAACCACUUGGAAGAAUGGUAUUUAACUUCUUGUUAUCAAAUUCCUCAGUGUUCAGAGACCAGUAACAACAGUGAUUAUCAUCAUAACUGGACCAUUGGUGAUGUAUCGCUUAGUGGUCUAGAAACAACAGAGGCUCAGCUACAGACAAUUAUCGCUUGUUCAAUUGUUGGACUGGUUAUUUGUUUAUUAAUCAUCGGUUGUAUAAUUUGGCUCAUAAAUCGUUGUUCUAGAAAAAAUAUUGAAAAAUCGGAUAUAUACUUUUCUCAAUUAGAUUUUGACAAGCCUCAUCUUACAGGAGAUGUAAAUAGUGUUAACGAAGAAAAUGAUGGAAAGAGACAAUUUUCUGAGCAUCUCUAUGAUUCUACAGAAAUUAACAAAGAAAAAUAUUUGGAGCGACGUAGAAAAUUAUUAACUCGUCGACGUAGACUUAGACAACUUAAUCCAUGUUCCAAAUGUAUUCUUGGAGCAUAUUAUCGUAUUGUUGACUUCACACAUUCAUCUCAUACAGCUAGUCAAUCCCAUUCAGUUUUUGCUGUUACACAAUAUACUGAAGAUAAAAACACGCCUUCAGUAUCUAAUCAAAAUGUUAUGACUAAUGUAUGCCAUAGUCGUUAUUUAUCAUCUGUUUGCCCAUGUUUCUGUUUAUCGAAUUUUCGCAAGAAAUCGAAACACGAUUCUCUCAAAAUGAUUCAAUUUGUACAUAGUUUUCCUGUAACUAAAAAUGAAUUGAUUGAUGAAGAGUUUGAGGCUAAUACAUUGGGAAUGCGAAUGGAUAAGUCAGUAGUUUAUGUGACCAAUGUGCCUACAAUUAUCUCACCUCCUAAAACAAUCGAUUCUUCACCAAAUACUUGUGUGAUCUGUGGAGUUGCUAGCAACCUUUUAUCAGAUACAUGUUCAUCUUGUCGUUGUUCUCAAAAUAAACAAACUGGUGUUCCGUCUGCAGUAACUACAGAUCAUCCUAUUAGUGGUGACUCUUGCUCAGAUAAUCACGUGUUGAUUGAUGACCAUGAGGUUGAUUCAGAGUUUUCUCCAACUACUCUUGGCUUGAUUGAAUCAUCCUAUUAUUCACUAUCAUCUGGGUCUGCUGAAUUAGGUUCUUCUAUAUUACCGGAAAAGUUAUUUAAUGUGGCCUCGAUGAAUCACUUGCUACAUCCAAAAUUUAAAUCACUGUGCUAUCCUCGCAAUCGUCUGGUUGAAAUAUGUUGUUUAGCUAAACGUGCAUUUGGUUGGAUCAUCUUAGUACAUGCUCCAAAUUUGAAUAAACUAGUCCAUAGAAGACGUUUGUUAAGUUUAACAACUUCAGAAAGACUGGGUCUUGUCUCUUCUAGUUCACAAGAAAAAGAAAAUACUAUUGACGUCCAGUCAUCUUCCGAUGAAUCAAAUAAUUGUAUUGCUGUACUGAAAAUGAUUCAAGGAGGUUCUAAUCUAAAGGCGGAAGCUAACUUCCUUCGUGAAGCUGAAAUAUUGGUUGAAUUACAGCAUAGAAAUAUUAUGCAAUUGUUAGGUGUUUGUAUUCCACUGGAACCACUUUCACUCCUUGUUGAAUAUAUGCCUUUUGGUGAUUUUUAUUCAUUUUUACGCCGAUACACCGGUGAAUCACCAGGAUACAAUUCUCUUGUAGGCACAGUCAACGGGGAAAUAGUAAAUUCAUAUAGUCAAACCUUGUUGCAGACUACAACGGUUCCUAAAAAGGAUUUCAUUAAUGAAUAUCCUACCAAUUUGAAUGUCAAAAUCCUCACUGAAAUGGUGAUUGAUGCUUGUGAAGCUAUGGUUUAUUUAAGCGAAUUGCAUUAUGUACAUAGAGAUGUAGCUACAAGAAGUUUUCUUGUUGGAAAAAAGUUAAUUGUCAAACUAUCAGAUUUUUCAAUGUGUAGACCAAUUCAACCUGGUGUUGAUUUUAUCUCUACUUCUAAUGAAUGUUUGCCGAUAAAAUGGUUACCUCUUGAAUCAAUUUUAGAAGGAAAGUUUCAUACAGAUACUGAUGUUUGGUCUUUUGGAGUUUUUUUAUGGGAAGUUUUCAGUUUCGCUGUCGAACCAUUUACUGAUCUAAGUCAUACAGAAAUUAUUAAACUUUUGGAACACGGUGAUCGUUUAACACGUCCAUCACAAUGUCCAGAAUAUAUUUAUCAGUUAAUGCUUAAAUGCUGGUCAGCUGAUCGUACAGAACGUCCAAAAUUCAUUUACAUAAGAAACUGCUUAAAAGAAAUCUUCAAAGAUCUGUAA